AUGGCGGAUGCUGCCGAUACAAGUCCACUGUGCUUGGCGAGGGCCGAGACACCUGAGACUGCUCUGGAGCGAGAGCUAAUCCGGCUGAGCAGGAAUCUCGAUGGCGUAUACAGCCGACUGCUGGAUGUCGAGAGGCGACUGGCCCAGACGGAAGAGACCCAGCAGGCACAAUCGACGACGGUUCGGGAUGUGCAAGCUGUGCUAAGGCACUGGGCAGAAGAUGUUUGGCUGCCGGCGAUGUGCCAAUUUUCCAAGUCUGCGCUCUGUUUGCAGGUGCUGGUGUCUUCUGUUGGGCUCAGCUUUUGGGGUGGCGUGUCCCCGAAGACCGGUGCCAUCAUCGAUCGCCACCACCCUCUGCAUGGGUGCAGUCUGCGGGACAAGCCUGCUGCCAUAGUCUUGCGGGACCCGGAUGAGAUCAUCGCUCUCGGUGCUAUCGUGGCAGAAGAGAUGUUUGACGUUCGAUUACCGGUGAUGAGCGUGGGGGAUGCCGGCUUCGCUCGCUUGCUAUCCUCGCAUGCUGGACACGCCAUCCUGGAAGAUGGUUCGUUGUUCCUGGGGCAGACCGGCAUAGCGGGCCAAGCUCCAACAAAGCCGAGACUCCCAAGCGACGAGGUGGAGCUCAGUGCAGACGAUCAGAGCAUGUUACAGGGAGUCGAGGGCCCUGCGAGACAAGCAGCGAUGCGCAUCAUCUGCCGCAUGGCCAGGGUACAGGGGGUGAAGGACUUGAUCAGCGUCAGCCAGUCACACAUCGAUGGCUGCACUUACAUCGGCCCUGCGAGCCUGCGGUUUGCAGACAAACUUCGAAGUUGGGGCGCAGAGGUGCGUGUCCCGACAACUCUGAAUGCCAUCUCUGUGGACAGACUGAAUUGGCGGGCGCUUGGCGUCCCGGCGGAUUCGGGAGAGCCGGCAGAGGCUCUCGCGAAUGCCUACCUCGCGAUGGGCGCUGCGCCGAGCUUUACGUGUGCACCCUACCUGUUGGAGAAUGCCCCGCGACUAGGGGAGCAGAUUGGAUGGGGGGAAUCCAAUGCCGUGGUCUUUGCCAACAGCGUUUUGGGAGCACGAACCCAGAAGUACGCGGACUUUCUGGAUGCAUGUGUAGCGAUUACCGGCCGAGCACCUCGGGCUGGCUGUCAUGUUGACGGGGACCGGAAGCCAGAGGUCAUCCUGGCAGCCCCAGAGCUAGAUCCAGGCCAGCUGGACGACGCUUUUUAUCCAACCUUGGGAUACCUUUGUGGCCUGCGAUCUCCUCACUCAGUGCCGGUUAUCACGGGUCUGGAGCACUUGGCACCGACGCGGGAUGACUUGAAGGCCUUCAGCGCGGCAUUUGGAACCAGCUCCUCCGCGGCAAUGUUCCACCUCGUCGGCCUCACUCCCGAGGCACGUGACCUGCAAAAUGUGCUCCCGGAAAGGCAGCUGGAGGUCAUACAACUUGGGCAGGAUGACCUCAAGUCUGCGUGGACAGACCUCGAUGCCGACGCCGAUGAGAGCGAAGUUGACCUCGUGGCGCUUGGGAAUCCGCAUUUCUCGUUGGAAGAGCACCGACGCCUUGCCGAGCUGUGCCGGGGACGCGAGAAGCAUCCCCUUGUGGCGGUGGUCCUCACCGCCGGCCCGCAGGUUCUGGCCCAAGCGCGUGAACGAGGAUACUCAGCGGCUCUUGAAGAGUUUGGUGUUCAACUCGUCAGCGACACCUGCUGGUGCAUGUUGGGAGAGGUGGUGCCAGCACCGGCCUCUGUGCUCCCAGCCUCAAGCCGAGUGCUGAUGACCAAUUCGGCCAAGUAUGCGCACUACGCUCCAGGCCUGGUGGGUCGCAAGGUUCGCUUUGGUUCACUUGCCGGCUGUGUUGAUGCUGCCUGUGGACGCACAGUCGGUGCUGCGAAGCCUGCCUGGCUUGUACCAGGAG